ACUGCUUGUAAACAAGAUGGCGGCGGCUGCCUCAGGCCUCCAAAUGGGAGGGAUCUAAAAAAGUGCAUUCGGGUUAAACAAUGACUUCUCCUCUCUCUUCUUUGGGAAAGAUUAGAAGAAUGCCAUUCAACAUGCAUAGCCAAGGGAAAAGGGCAGUGCCAUUCAAAGAAAGUGCCCCAAAUGGGGAUGAAGAAGCUAUGAUGGAUGAAAUCCUAGGUCCAGGAGCCCAUAUUCCAGUAAGAGUCAAUGCCCCUUCGUGUUCAAGUGGAACUGCAGCAAAACCAGCUAUACAUGAAGCUGCUCCCACAGACAUGGAGUUGAUGACCUCCAUGAUGCAGAAGAUUGCGUCGCUAGAACAGAAAGUCAAGAACCAAGCCCAUGUGAUUCAUCACAAGGACAAGAAGAUCAAGGAGCUUGAGGAGCGGAUGAAAAUCCUUCAGCAAGGCAAUGAUGACUCUUCAGGGUUGAGCAGAGUGGAAGAGCUGGAAGUGAUUUGCCUUCAGCUACAGCAUCAGAUCUGGGAAAUGGAGCGGUUUCUGAAUGACUACGGGUUGAUCUGGGUGGGAGAAGGGAACGAAUCUCCAGAAGAUGAGUCACUUGACAGAGAUGGGCAUCGAUCAUCAAGGGGUCUUUGGAAACCAGGCGACUCUGUCGUUCCAGAAUCUUCAAUCAAUUUUGAUACUAUCUUUGAAAACUUGAAAGAUUUAAAUGUGCUGGCUGGGGAGGGUGUCUCUCAAAUUGAACAUGUGGCAGGAGGUGCUCGGCUGAGGCAGCUGGACCCAGUUCCCCUCACCUUCUACCAGAACGGGAUUGUCAUGUUCAAUGGCCCUUUCCGGUCAUAUGAGGAACCUUCCACACAGCAGUGUCUGCGAGAUCUCAUGGAUGGUUAUUUCCCUUCUGAGCUGCAGAGGCGUUACCCAGAUGGUAUCCCAUUCCAGGUCACCGACAAAAGAGACGUCUUCUUUCGGGAGAGGCAGCUGCCAGAGAGUUUUCCAGGCCAGGGCCAGAUCGUUGGCCAUCCAAAACCAAGUGGGAUGAAGGAAACAACAGAGAUUCCAGGUCCCAAGCUCACUGUGGAACAGUUUAUGAACAGACUUCCAAGGUCGCUGAUCCGAGAUGGGCAAGUGAUCGAUAUUCGUGGAGAAAUCAGAGAAACCUUGCAGGGCUCUAGCGGGACACAGAAGCAUGAAGUUAUUUUGGUGGAGACGCCCAGCCUCAUGGCAAUGAAGAAGAGGUUGGAAGGGGACAGUCAAGAGAAAACACCUGACCCUCACAUCUCAACUCUUCGAAUAAAGUCUGAGAAUGGGGAGAAGACAUACAUCAUCAAAAUGCCAUUUACAGAGACCAUUGGAGACCUGCGCCAGCACCUUGCCCGAAGCAGGGGAGGAGAGCUGGAGUCAUAUGAGAUCCUCAGCAUUUUCCCCCAGAAGGUGUACAGCAACAACUCUGUGACCCUGGAGGAGUGUGGGUUGGUCCCCAACGGCGCCCUCCUUCUGCGGAGAAAGGCCCCUCCGCCAAAAUUACAAGGGCAACAGCUGUAAUGUUUCACAGUGGAUGAUUCAUCAGGCUUGGCUGCUGUUUGUU